AACGAAACGAAAGCGAUUAUCGUUCGAUUGUGAUUGGUUGAGACACUGACGUCUGACGUCACGCGUGAAAAUCUUAGACAGUGACACGCACGAAGGUCGCUUUCGUCUUUCGUCUGUCGUUUUUCGACUAUUUCCUUUAAAAUUCCUAGACAGUAACACGAAAUGACAAACAUAAUCGUUUUUAAAGCGACACGAUCGUUCGUUUUUGAGGCGAUUCUCAAAGGUGUCUCGUUUUGCUUCGAGAUCAACUGAAUCAACUUUAGUUAAAUGUCUUUAAUUAUUAUUAAAUAUUAAUUUAACCUUGUAAAUCUUGUAAGGUGAAAAAUCUUUUUGGUGUUAUAUUAUAAGUUUGUUAGUUGAGUGAAGUAAACAAUUAUUGGUUGGGCAUAUUAUUAUAGAUAUGUCUCGAAUGUGGAACGCAUUCAUGUUGUUAGAAGCUGCGGAUGCCGAAGCCAAAAAGAUCAACCGGCAACGUAUGCUUCUAAAUAGAGUUAGGAAUCGUGAACGGUUACUUCAAAAAAUUCCGGAGUGGCAGUUUAGAACUCAUUAUAGGCUGAAUAAGGAAGAGUUCCACUCGUUGUGUGACGAGCUAAGGCGCAAUACACGUCUAAAAGGUUCGAAAACAACAUCCCUGGAACUUAAAGUGCUAACAGCACUUAGCUUUUAUGCUAUGGGCUCUUAUCAGAAAGGUAUUGCUAAUGAGGUACACAUGGAUCAAAGAAGCGUAAGUCAGUGUAUUAGAGAGGUGACAAAAGCUCUGAAUGUGCUUUCAAAUAAAUGGGUACAAUUCCCACAAACAAGCACACAAAGAACUAAAAUUAAGCAAGGAUUCUACAGUAAGUUUAAUUUUCCUGGUGUAAUUGGUGCCAUUGAUUGCACCCAUGUGGCCAUAGUUCGUCCAGCUGCAAAUGAACCCUGUUUUUAUAACAGAAAAGGCUUUCAUUCUCUUAAUAUCCAAAUGGUAUGUGACAGUGAUCUCAGAAUCACUAAUGUUAAUGCCAAGUUUGGUGGUGCAAGUCAUGACAGCCAUAUCUGGGAAAGUAGCAGACUGCGAAACCAUAUGGAGUCUCUGCAACGAUCUGGCGAGUCAGUUUGGUUGUUGGGUGACAGUGGUUACCCUCAAAGAAGUUACCUAAUGACACCAAUCCUGAAUGCAGAACCAGGAUCAAGAGGAGACAAGUACACUAAAGUGCAUAUCAAGGCCCGAAACUGCAUAGAAAGGGCAUUUGGUGUUCUUAAAUCCAGAUUUCGAUGUUUGCUAGGUCAACGUGUCCUUUAUUAUCACCCUGACUAUGCAGCAGAAAUUGUUAUUGCAUGUGUAGUACUGCAUAACAUGCUCUUAGAUUCAAGAGGAAUCCCUACAGACCAGGAUGCAGAAGUCAUUUUGUCCACUGACCCUAUACAACCAACUGUUGUUGAAAACGGACUAGAUGUGAUUGCGGGGCGGGCAGUUAGGGAUAGACUAAUUAAUAGCAGCUUUUAGGAAUAUUAAAUGGUAUAUAAAUAUAA